AGAUAUAUAGAAUCUAUACUCAACACCACCGAUUCUCUCUCCCACCACCACCGUCACCAUCACCACCACCUCCACCACCACCCUACCUUAAUAUUUAAGUUUUUAUUACUCCUACUCUAUCCAACCUCUCGAUUCUUUUUUCUUUUCUCUCUCUCUCUCUCCCUCUCCCCUUUUCUUUAUUUUUCUUUUGUUUGUGUAAUAAGCAUAAACAAAGAGAAUAGUAAAGUAUAAACAGCAGCAGACAUAAUAAACUUUUUGUUUCUUUUUUUAUUAUUUUACCGGCAAUGCCUACGCCGGUAAUUACAGCCAGGCAAUGCUUAACACCGGAAGCAGCCCACGCGCUAGAUGAGGCCGUGAGCGUAGCGCGCCGAAGAGGCCAUAGUCAAACGACGUCACUCCAUGCAGUUUCCGCUUUACUAUCCAUUCCAUCGUCAAUUCUGCGUGACGCAUGUGUGCGUGCAAGAAACAGUGCUUACACUCCUCGUCUUCAAUUCAAAGCUCUAGAGCUUUGUCUCAGUGUUUCACUUGACCGAGUUCCCGCGUCUCAACUCAGUGAACAAGACCCCCCUGUUUCUAACUCACUCAUGGCCGCCAUCAAACGCUCCCAGGCUAACCAGAGACGGCAGCCCGAGAAUUUUCAUUUGUAUCAACAGCAGCAAUGCUCUACUACUUCUGUGUCAUGUAUAAAAGUGGAGCUGCAAAAUUUGAUCUUAUCAAUUCUUGAUGACCCGGUUGUUAGUCGGGUUUUUGGUGAAUCGGGUUUUCGGAGCUCCGAAAUCAAGCUUGCUAUUGUUCGUCCUCUUCCCCAGGUUUUAAGACUCUCACAACGUUUUAGAGGCCCACCUAUGUUUUUAUGCAAUUUGAGUGAUCAUUCGGAUCCGGGUCCUGGUAGACGGGGUUUUAGUUUUCCAUUUUUUUCAGGUUUUACUGAUGGCGAUGAAAAUUGUAGAAGGAUCGGUGAGGUUCUUGUUAGAAAUAAAGGGAGAAAUCCUUUGCUUGUUGGUGUAUGUGCUUAUGAUACACUUGCAAGUUUUAAUCAGUUGGUUGAGAAAAGAAAAGAUUAUGUUUUGCCGGUUGAAUUAUCUGGAUUACGUGUGAUUUGUAUUGAAAGUGAUGUUAUGAAGUUUGCAAGUGAAAACUUUGAUAAAGGGUGUGUGGAUUUGAGGUUUGAGGAGGUGGGUCGAUUUGUGGAGCAAAAUUUGGGACCUGGAUUGGUGGUGAAUCUUGGUGAUCUGAAGGCAUUUAUCAGCAGUGAAAAUGAUUAUAGCAAUAGUAGUAAUGGAUUAAAUGAUUUAAUGAGCUAUAUAGUUGAGAAGUUGACAAGGAUGCUGCAGCUGUAUGGAAGAAAAGUUUGGCUUAUAGGUACAACAGCAAGUUAUGAGGGUUAUCUGAAGUUUGUUAGCAGAUUUCCCUCCGUUGAAAAAGACUGGGAUUUGCAGCUUUUGCCGAUUACUUCUUUUAGAACUUCCAUGCCUGAAUCUUGUCCUAGGUCCAGCUUGAUGGAAUCAUUUAUUCCAUUUGGUGGGUUCUUUUCUACUCCAUCGGAGUUGAAUGGCUCCUUAAGCAGCUCUUACCAAUGCAUAUCUCGAUGUCAUCUGUGCAAUGAAAAGUGUGAACAAGAAGUACUUGCUGUUUCAAAAGGUGGAUGCGUCGCUUCAGUAGCAGAUCAAUACCAAUCAAAUUUACCUUCUUGGUUGCAAAUGGCUGAACUUGGUACAAACAAAGGAUUGGAUGUGAAGGUGCGCUUUGCUUUUAUGCAGACAAGAGAUGAUGGAGAUGUGUUGAGUGCCAAAGUUGCAGGCCUGCAAAAAAAAUGGGAUAGCAUAUGCUGGCGUCUACAUCUUACUCGACCACAAGGAUCAAACACUCUACCUUCUGGAUUUCCUACUGUAGUGGGCUUUCAGCUGGUUGAAGACAAAAAGGACGAUGCUGAAAAGGGUAGCAGCAACAACACAAAUGCACCUCUGGAUGGAAAUAGAUGCAUGAAUGUCCCCAUUGAUUUGCAGAAGAUUUCAAGAAGGCAAUUAGGUGUUCCUUUAUCUGCAGCUUCUGUGGCAAACACCGAGAGUGUCAAACAGUGGGAAAGACCUUCAAAAGAAGAAGAUCAUGAGUCAGAUGGUCUCCGAUCUCCUUGUAGUUAUUCCAAUUCAAGCAUAGCUGAUGGUAACCGAGCAUCUCCUACAUCUGCAACUUCUGUGACUACAGAUUUGGGCUUGAGAAUUAGUCCUAUUUCUACCAGUUAUGACACAAAGAAACCCGAAAAUAAACAUUAUGUGGAGCUUUCACGGGAUUUAUCAGGCUCCUUUUCACCAAACAAUGAUGUUAUCAAUGGCAGCAUCUCUGACCAUCUGGCUCAUUCAUCUUCAUUCUCUUCUCUUGAUAUUGGCAGGCAGUUUGAUCCUACUAGCUUUAAGAUGCUGGUCAGAGCUCUCACUGAGAAAGUUAGCUGCCAAGAUGAAGCUGUGCAUCUUAUCAGCCAAACAAUAGCCCACUACAGGACAAGAAAUGAAAGGCACCAAGGAUCAAGCCUGAAACGGGAUAUAUGGUUCAACUUUCUUGGACCUGAUAGGUGUAGUAAGAGGAAAAUUGCUGCUGCUCUGGCGGAAAUAAUUUUUGGAAGCAGUGAGAACUUGAUAUCUGCAGAUUUAAGUCCCCAAGAUGGGAUAGUAAAUAUGCACAGCGAAGAAGUGCAUGCGUAUGAUGUAAUGUUUAGGGGGAAAACUAUAAUUGAUUAUGUUGCUGGAGAGCUGGGCAAGAAGCCCUUGGCCGUUGUAUUUCUCGAAAAUGUAGAUAAGGCUGAUGUGCAGGCUCAGAAUAGUUUGUCACGUGCUAUUCGAACUGGUAAAUUUUCAGAUUCGCAUGGAAGAGAAGUUGGAAUAAACAAUGCAAUUUUUGUGACAACUUCAACACUUGGAGAUGAUAAAAAGCUCUCUUCUACUAAGGAUUUUUCUACCUAUUCCGAGGAAAGAAUAUUGAGAAUAAAGGGCCAGCCAAUGCAGAUGUUAAUAGAACAAGCUCCUGCUGAAAAAAUGGUUCAAAAUUUGAAUCAUUCACCAGUAAUGAGAAAAGUUCCCUCCAGUUCAGUCUUUGUGAAUAAAAGGAAGCUGGUUGGUGCAAACCAAAACGUAAAUCGGCAUAAAACUUCUGAAGUUGCUAAACGGGCUCACAAGACAUCUAGUAGAUAUCUAGAUUUGAACCUUCCUGCCGAAGAGAAUGAUAUGCAAAUCAUUGAGAAUGGAGACUCUGAUAAUGACUCCAUGUCUAGCAACUCCAAAGCCUGGUUGCAAGAUUUCCUUGAUCAGUUGGACAGAAUAGUGGUUUUCAAGCCAUUUGAUUUCGAUGCACUUGGUGAGAGAAUACUUACUGGGAUCAAUGACAGCUUCCACAAGAUUGUUGGCUCUGAAUGUUUACUAGAUAUCGACUCAAAAGUCACGGAGCAAUUACUAGCAGCUGCAUAUUUAUCCCCUCGGAAAAGAGUGGUGGAGGAGUGGAUGGAGCAAGUACUCAACAAGGGAUUUGUGGAAGUUCUAGAAAGGUACAAUCUUAGUGCUCAUUCCAUAGUAAAACUUGUUUCCUGCAAGGGCUUAUUUUUGGAUGAGGACAUGGCAGGAGGUCACCUUCCUUCAAAAAUCAUUUUGAACUGAUGCCUUGUGAAAAGGCUAUUCUUGUAGUUAGAUGUAUAAUGUAGCAUUAGGACGCAGGAACCCUUGUUUAGCCUGUUAUUUCCAUAAUGUUAGUGGUUUUUGCAGGUUAGGUUGUGUGAAUGUAUAAUCUGUAAGUUUAUUUUCUUGGGGAAAGGGCGCCCUAGAUUCCUAUGAAUGGCCUUUGCAUGGGAUUAGUGUUCGAUGUACCAAUUGAGACAAACCCAAAUGGGUAUGUAUAAUGAUUUAUAGUUAGUGAUUGUGUGGUA